AUGUCGAACCUACUCGGAAGAUUCGAGCUAUCUGGCAUCCGACCUCUUCCUCAAGGCUACCCACAGAUCGAGGUGACCUUCGACAUCGAUGCCAAUAGGAUCCUCAACGUUUCUGCUGCAGAGAUGUACUCUGGCUGUAGAAAAAGCAUGACCAUCACCGCCCCGAGUACACAUAUCCAUACUAUUGUGACGGAUGAGGAUGGCAUCGAGAGACUCGACUGA